CUGCUGCUGCUUGAAAAUACCGAUAUGGGACCUUCUAUAUGACAACGUCGCCACCUGGUUGACCCCGCCGUAGGUGUUUGAAGACCAGUCUACCUAUUAGGUCUGUCGGUUGCAAGUGUGCAAAACCUACCAAUCUCUAUCAACGCAACGCCGCCGCACAAAUAGGACAUUGCGAGGCUCAGCGCACGUAAUUAGCCGAACGCCGUGGUAGACCGUGUUAAUGCCGUCGACGAGCCGUCGUGAAACGCAAGAGCGGCAGAGAACCAGCCAUACCUAGUAAAGAUCGGCGACGUGCGUGGGGCAAAGCAGAAUUCACAUCCUCCGACUAUCAACGACCUAAAUUUCAUGAGCGGACUGCAGACUCGUAUCUCUAUCAUCGGCGCCGGUCCUGGUGGACUUAUGCUCGCGCGCCUCCUUCGAGUGCAGGGCAUCCGCCCGAGGGUAUACGAGCGCGACGUGUCCGCGACCGCUCGUCCCCAAGGCGGUUCGCUUGAUUUGCGCCCAGAAGAUGGCCUCCUCGCAGUCAAGAGGGCAGGCCUUUUCGACCGCUUCCGCCAACACGCCCGCUACGAGGGCCAGCAGACGCGCAUCUUCGACAAGACGGGAAAGCUGUGGCUCGACGUGGGCGCGGAGGGUGAUCGCGCGCCUAGCGAAGAGCAAGCUCGCCCGGAGAUUGAUAGACAGGACUUGCGCAACAUGCUCCUCGAGUCACUCGAGCCAGACACCAUCAGAUGGGACCACACCCUCGACAGUGUCGCACCUGCACCGAAUGGAGGUUACACUCUCGCCUUCCGUAACGGUCGCAGCGCGACCGCCGACCUCGUCAUCGGCGCCGAUGGCGCCUGGUCCAAAGUGCGCUCGACCGCCCUCACGAAGGCCCUCCCCACAUACACUGGUGUGUACUUCAUCGACGCCGCCAUGCCCGACAUCGACGUGGUGCACCCAUCUAUCGCCACGCUCGUCGGGCAGGGCCUCGCGUUCUUCCUCGGAGACCGCAAGGCGAUCAUACCGCAGCGCAACGGCGGCGGUGUCCUACGCGUGUACUUCGCGCUGAAGGCGCCAGAGGAGCAGGCGGAUGCGUUCAGCGACGAUGUCCUGCCGAGGGGGCCCGCCGCGAUCCGCGAUGCGCUGCUCGAGAAUUACAAGGGGUGGGCGCCGGAGGUGCUCGAUAUCGUGCGCGCGAGCGAGGGUGUUGAGAUCACCGUCCGCAAGAUCUUCUCCUUCCCGCCAGAGCACGAAUGGAAGUCGGUAGAGGGCGUCACCCUUUUAGGAGACGCAGCACACGUCAUGUCGCCCUUCACUGGUGUCGGUGUCAAUCUCGCCCUCGCAGACGCACUUGAUCUAGCGGACGCGAUCAAAGAAGGCGUCGCAGGGAAGGCUGGCGUACAGGAUGAUGCCAAGGCGCGUAUGCGGAAGGCUGUCCAUGAGUUCGAGAAGCGGAUGAUGGCGCGCGCGAAGGAGAACCUGGUAUGGUCCAACCAGAGCUUGGAGACAGUGACGAACGUUCUACGCUCGCAUCACGAGCAUUAGACUAGCGCAGAGAGUAUUGAAUGCCUUACCUACAUGAGUAUUACAGAAACACUCAUGCAAGAGGGCGAG